CAAGCAGGAAGCGCCGCCCGGCCUCCCCUCGCCCUGUCCUCCCGGCCCGCCGGGGCGCUGCAUGGGGCGGCCGCGGGAUGGCAGGGGCCGGCUGGGCCCCCCCGCACCUGGAGGACUUUAUCCUGACCGAGCGCCUGGGCAGCGGCACCUACGCCACCGUCUUCAAAGCCUACAGGAAAAAGAAUGCCCGGGAAGUGGUGGCCAUCAAGUGCGUCAGCAAGAAGACUCUCAACAAGGCGUCCGUGGAAAACCUCUUGACGGAAAUCGAGAUUCUGAAGACCAUUCGCCACCCGCACAUCGUGGAGCUGAAAGACUUCCAGUGGGACAAAGAGCACAUCUUCCUGAUCAUGGAGUUUUGUGCCGGAGGAGACUUGUCUCGCUUCAUCCACGCCCGGAGGAUACUCCCCGAGAAGGUGGCUCGCAUCUUCCUGCAGCAGCUGGCUUGUGCCUUGAAAUUCCUUCACGACAAGAACAUCUCUCAUUUGGAUCUCAAACCUCAGAAUAUCCUACUCAGCUCCCUGUACAAGCCUCACCUCAAACUGGCAGAUUUUGGAUUUGCACAACACAUGUCCCCGUGGGAUGAGAAACACGUGCUCAGGGGUUCGCCGCUUUACAUGGCUCCAGAGAUGGUUUGCAGCCGGCAGUACGAUGCCCGUGUGGACCUGUGGUCUGUGGGGGUGAUUCUCUAUGAGGCCCUGUUUGGGAGACCCCCGUUUGCUUCCAAGUCGUUCGCUGAGCUGGAGGACAAGAUCCGCAGCAAUCAGCCGAUCGAGCUCCCCAGCCGCCCGCGGCUCUCUUCGGAGUGCCGGGACCUUCUGCAGCGCCUCCUGAAGAGGGACCCCCAGGAGCGCAUCUCCUUCAAGGAGUUCUUCUCUCACCCCUUCGUCGACAUGGAGCACAUGCCUAGUGCCGAAAGUCUGGACAAAGCAACCUCACUUGUAACAGAAGCCGUGAAGAAGGACCAAGAUGGGGAUUUUUCAGCCGCCCUCUCACUCUAUUCCAAGGCCCUGGAGUACUUUGUCCCUGCCCUGCGCUAUGAAGUUGAUGCUCGCAGGAAGGAGGCCAUCAGAGCCAAGGUGAGCCAAUACAUCUCGCGAGCGGAGCAACUGAAAGUCAUGGUCACGUCCAAUAACAAAACUCUCCUGCAACAGGGCCGCCCUGCAAGGGACAUCCUGAAAGAAAUGUCAAAGAAUAAGCCUCGUCUUUAUGCGGCGUUGGAAGUGGCGGAUGCUGCUGUGGCGAAGGAGGAGGAAGGCGGCGAUGAUGGGGAGACGCUCGACUUGUAUCAGCAGAGCCUGGGGGAACUCUUGCUCAUGUUAGCAGCUGAGCCCACAGGGAGAAGACGGGAGUUGCUGCAUGCAGAGAUUCAGACUCUGAUGGGACGAGCCGAAUACCUAAAAGAGCAGAUAAAGAUGAAGGAGUCUCAAUGGGAAGCCGAGGACAAGGAGGGCCUGUCGGACUCCGUGCGGACCUCCUGUACUUUACAGUAACCUACAUGCCUGGCUUAUGCUCUGUGGAUUCAAUACUUCAGCUGGUGAGCAACAGACAAUCUUCCUACCCAGACACCAAUAUGCAGCAAGGAGCAGUGGGCAUUUGUACGGAAUUGUGUUUAGUUUGUCUCACCGAGUGCACUUAACGACACACACCAGGUUGUAAAAAGUGUGUUUGCUUGUAUGCAAAGAAGCAUUAUUUAUUGAUGUACCCUGUUGUUGUAAAAUUAAUGUUUGUUGUGCAAUUGCUGAGCAAAAAACAUGAAGCUUUUAAACACCUGGACUUGGUUCCAACCUCGUGCGAAAUGGUGGUUUAAUUAAACGGACUACGGUUAGUGUGGUUGUCUGAAUGCAGGUCACUCUGCUGACUGGGAUUGGUUAGGGACUACCAAGCCAGGUUCUGAAGUCAGUGUGGUAAUCCGAGUCUUAACUGUGGUUUCUUCUGGUCUAUGAACACAGCCAUCCCGGCUUAAUUCCAACAUAUUUCCCCACACCACCCUCUCUGGCUUUAGGGCAAAGGCCAUGAAAACUAGCGUUUGUCGAGGCAAGCCAGGAUGACCUUCGGCGAGCUGAAUCCUGGUUUCAUAAACUAGCCAUAGAUCCAGAGGAGUUAGCCGUGUUAGUCUGUAGCAGCAAAAUCAAAAAGAGUCCAGUAGUACCUUUAAGACUAACCAAUUUUAUUGUAGCAUAAGCUUUCGAGAAUCAAGUUCUCUUCGUCAGAUGCCUGAUCAGUGAGAACUUGAUUCUCGAAAGCUUAUGCUACAAUAAAAUAAACUAGCCAUAGUUCACAUAAACUAACUUCAGACAUCAUGCAAAACCAGUUUCAUUAGAUGGAACUAUACUUCUUGUGAGUUAAACACUCAUCUAAUUACACUCAGGGUACAAUAAGCCAGGAUUUUAUGUAUUAACCAGAUUGCCUCUUGACUGUGGUUUUGUGUGAUUUAUGAAUGGGGACAAUUCUGGUGUGUUUCCUGGCACUGUCCUUAAUACAAUUUAGGCUGGCAUAACAUAACAUAAGAAGACAUAAUGUGAGAAGAGCCCUGCUCUAUCAGACCAGCAGUCCAUCUAGUCCAGCAUUUGGUCAUGCACAGUAGCCAACCCGUUACAAUGGAGGGCCAAUAACAGAGCAGUCUCUUGCUAUGAAAACCCCACGGGGGGGGGGGGGAGGUCACCAUAAGUCAGCUAUGACUUGUGGGCGCUCUCCACCACCACCAGAACUCUUCAUCAGAUUUUGGGUAGCACGGAAGCCUGCUUUUUUUGGUCAGCCCUAAUAAAAAGGUGUUUCAGCUAAAGUGCUUGAA